AUCCGUUAUGAAUUGAUGAUUGAGCCUCAUUUUAGUCCAUGAUCCCCAUUCACAUUGACAUCAUAAUUGGUAAAUUUUCUAGUGCUAUAAGAGUUGCCAGUUUGCUUGUAAAUUGUUGUGCUAUACCAUCAUGGAUAUCAAACCAAACCCAACGUUCAUAUUUGUUCUGUUCUCUUUUCUAUUUUUCAAUAUCCAAUUCUUAUUUGGAGCUGAAACCAUCUCUCCAAAUCAAUCCCUUUCUGGUGAUGAUACCAUUGUAUCUGCUGGUGAGAUCUUUGUGCUGGGUUUUUUCAAACCAGGUAAAACUUCCAACUACUACAUAGGUAUGUGGUACAAAAGAGAUCCUUACCAGACCAUAGUUUGGGUGGCAAAUAGAGAACAACCUGUUUUGGAUAGAUUCUCUUCAGAGUUAAGAAUAUCAGGCAGCAAUUUGGUUCUCUUCAAUGAAUCAAAUAUCCCAAUUUGGUCAACAAACGUGAACUCCACUACUUCAACUACUUCAGUAAGGGCAGUUCUUCAAGAAAACGGAAAUCUAGUACUCUUGGACGAUGGAUUUAAUAAGUCCAAACUUUUAUGGCAAAGUUUUGACUAUCCAACUGAUACAUGGCUUCCUGGAGCUAGUUUGGGAUUCAACAAGAUAACAAAGAGGAAGCAAGUUCUCACUUCAUGGAAGAGUCCUGAGGAUCCAGCCCCAGGUCUCUUCACUUUUGAGCUAAAUCCAAGUAAAGUUUCUUAUAUUAGUAUCUGGAACAGGUCGAGGAGCUUCUGGACCACCGGUUCUUGGGACGGAGUAGAGUUUACUUUGGUCCCAGAAACAAGGCGCAAUAGUGUUUGCAAAGUUGAAUUUGUUUCAAACGAAAGUGUGAUCACUUUCAACAUGUAUAUUCUUAACUCUACUGCAAUAUCUCAACUUAUGAUACAUUUUUCAGGGCAGCUGAAGCAGCUGUUAUGGCUACCAACUAAUGGUUGGGAUUCGCUUUGGUCUUUUCCAAGACAACAAUGUCAAGUUUAUGCAUUUUGUGGUGCUUAUGGAAGUUGCAGUGAGAACUCAAUGCCUUUCUGUCAAUGUCUGAAGGGGUUUCAGCCAAAGUCUCAGAACGAUUGGAAUUUGCAGGAUUACUCUGAAGGCUGCGUGAGAAGGAGUGAACUUCAGUGUGGAAACAAUAUCAGUCUUACAACUGAAAAGAAAGACAGAUUUUUAGAAGUGCCAAGCGUGUCAUCGCCUGAAGAUGAACAAUCCGAGAGAGCAGGAAGUACUGAAGAAUGUGAAUCUAUUUGCUUAAGGAAAUGCUCAUGCAUAGCUUAUGCUUACGACAACAAAGGCUGCUCAGUUUGGACAAGAGAUCUGGUGAAUCUAAAUCAGCUUUCGCCAGAUGACAGCAAUGGAAGGACUCUCUAUAUUCGACUAGCAGCUUCUGAAUUUCCAAGUCCUAAAAAGAACAAGGGAAAACUUGUUGGCGCUGUGGUGAGCUUUGCUUUAGUCUUGAUAUCUUUGCUAGGCCUUUUAUUGCUAUCAAUUUUGAGACAUAGAAAGAAUGCAAUUGGAGCAGGAACAUCAGUGGGAGGUUCGUUGAUGGUCUUUAGUUACAGAGAUUUGCAGAACGCAACCAAGAACUUCUCCGACAAAUUGGGCGAAGGAGGGUUUGGUUCAGUUUUCAAAGGUUCAUUGUCUGACUCAACUGAAGUAGCUGUGAAAAAGCUUGAAAGUGUUCACCAAGGAGAAAAACAAUUCAGGACAGAAGUCAGCACAAUCGGCACAAUCCAACAUGUUAAUCUUGUUCGACUUCGUGGGUUCUGCUCUCAAGGGACUAAAAAGUUAUUGGUCUAUGAUUACAUGCCGAAUGGCUCUUUAGAUUCCCACCUUUUCUGCGAAAAGGGUUCCAUCAUUUUGGACUGGAAAACACGAUUCCAAAUAGCACUUGGGACAGCAAGGGGCUUGGUUUAUCUUCAUGAGAAGUGUAGAGAGUGCAUCAUACACUGUGACAUUAAGCCAGAAAACAUUCUUUUAGAUGCCGAAUUCAAUCCUAAAGUUGCAGAUUUUGGGCUGGCAAAGCUUGUGAGUAGAGAAUUCAGCCGAGUCCUAACAACCAUAAGAGGCACAAGAGGUUAUCUGGCACCGGAGUGGAUUUCAGGAGUGGCAAUAACAUCCAAAGCUGAUGUUUACAGCUAUGGAAUGGUGCUCUUUGAACUAAUAUCAGGAAAGAGAAACACAGAGAUUUGUGAAGAUGGGGAAGUAAAAUUCUUUGCAAGCCAAGCUGCAAGCCAAAUAGUGAGAGGAGGUGAUGUCCUUAGCCUGUUAGACCCAAGAUUGGAGGGAAAUGCGGACAUAGAAGAGCUUAAAAGAGUUUGUGUGGUUGCAUGUUGGUGUAUUCAAGACAGUGAAUUUCAAAGGCCAUCAAUGAGCCGAGUUGUUCAAAUGCUUGAGGGAAUUAUAGAGGUGAAUCUUCCACCAGUGCCACGGUCUCUGUCACUUAUUGUGGACAACCAACAGAGCAUAGUUUUCUAUACUGAGUCAUCCUCGAGCGAGAGUUCUCAAGUACCUAGCCACAUGUCGUCAUUUGUUUCCUCUUGCCAAGAGCAACAAUUCUCCAUUGUCAACAAUGUAUAGAGCUGAAUCAUAUUAUGAUAUCUUUGUUCUUAUUUUAAUGAUCUUAUGGUGUGAUCUUUUAUUGCUUUUCUUCUUCUGUUUUGUGGGUGAUUUUAUUAAGUGUGUUAGACUGUGUAAAUAGCUAUUUUGUAUUGAUAGUGUUUUGUACCCUAGUGAAUAAAUAAAAAAAAAAAAAUUGAUCGUAGUA